CAUAAACAUUCUAUCAUGUCCUCGUCGCAUCACGACUUGCCCCCAACAACGUUCAUCUCGACCUCGCAUUCCGCUCGAUGGCUGCUCAGAACGGACGAUACCACUAUCAGCAACAGAUGCCCUUUGCGCGACAGCCGCUGAAGGCGAUCUACGUCGUGCAACGCAUGUUCACCACUCUGCUCAUGGUGCCGUUCUGGGUAGUAUUCUAUGCAAUCAUACCCCGGAGGUAUCGCCCGAGGGAAUCCUGGUCGAUUAAACAAAUCGUGGCGGUCAAUUUCACGCGUCGCAUAUACAAAGUCACAGAGCUCGCGGGAGUAACCUGGGGUACGCGGGACCCAGAGGAGACGUGCGAUAAUCGCACGCUGAAGGAGACGAGAUUCGAGUGGGUUGAUCCGCUUCCGGAGGAUCUCAGAACGGGGAUUGUAACGGAUGACCAGGUGCCGUUGAAGAGAGUCGGCGUGUUCGUCUGGCCGAAGAACAGUGAUCAAGGUAUAGCCCAUGCAGAAGGCUCCGAAUCUGCCCUAACGACCCCUACCGAUAUAGAUGCUACUGCCAUCGAUGUGCCUUUAAUCGGAAUAUUCAUGCAUGGAGGAGGUUAUUGCCAUAUGUCUGCACAUGAGAAGUCGCCGACUUCAAGGAUACCCCGACAGUUGAUUAAGAAUAAGGCGUUUGCUAAUAUCUACGCUGUUGAAUACCGUCUGCUUCAGCACGCUCCCUUUCCUGCAGCAGUGCAAGAUGCUGCGGCGGUGUACGCGCACAUCGUGCGUCAGCACCAACGUCGACCCCCGAGCACAACCACCGAUUCGCAACAGUCUGUAUCACAGUCGCCGAAGGGCGAGGAACCAGAACAUUCGGAACCUGUCAAGGUCGGAGACUCCGCCGAUGGUGUUCAGCACAGGCAGGGUGAAGACGAUCUGAGGCGACGAGUGGCGCUUGCUUCACAGAACAACCAGUGCAAAGUUGUCCUCAUUGGCGAUAGCGCUGGAGGGAACCUUGUCCUCGCCCUUUCUCGCUGGAUCAGGGACGAAGGCAUCCUACCGCCGCCAGAUGGUCUCCUUCUGCUAUCCCCCUCGUGUGACCCCUCACACGCGUUCCCUGACACACCAUCGUCGUACGUGCCGCGGCCACACGCAAAGACGGACUACCUCGUCGACACGCCCGAGCCCCGCGCGCUGCUUCAGCGCACGUUCCUUGGGCAUAACUCGCUCGAGACGAUGCACAGUCCGUACGUCAGUCCCGCAUCGCAGCGCGUGCUGAGCGCGUUCUACGGCGACGCGUUCGCCGAGACCGUGCAGGACCUCACGAUCGAACGCCUCAACACAAUGGUGCGCGAUCACCUCCGCACGAUGGAGUCCGCCCCUGCGACGCCCGUGCCAGUCAUGCCCUCCGCCGUCGACGGCAACGGCGUGGAACGCAGCCCGACGAGCCUCGCGAGUCCUCUCAUCGCAUCCCCGCGUGGGUUGAGCCUCUUCAGCGAGUUUCCAAAGACGUGUAUCGUACUUGGGGACGCAGAGCGGCUGGAAAGGGAGGUGAUGAAGCUCGUGGGCGCGAUGGAGCGCGAUGGCGUCGACGUGCGCACUAUUUGGGUGAAAGACGGUGCGCACGAUGUGCUCAUGAUGGGCUGGUGGGACGAGCGGGUGCGAGCGAAGGUGUGGCGGGACAUCGGGGAGUGGAUCAAGGAGAUAUGAGUGUUAGUCGGUACAAGUAUCAUUUUAAGAUAAGACACUCAUGGACAACUUGUGCACCCUCAUUUAUCGGGCAAACACUAUUUCUGAGUCUGUCUGGCAACAAGGAGGAAGCUUGCACUGACC